AUGGUGUCGGGUCUUAGAGUUAAUAUGUGGAAGAGCAAGAUGUAUGGGGUGGGUGUUGAUCAAUACUUUUUGCAGGCAGCAAGUCAAUUUUUAUCUUGUAAAUUGGACAGAAUCCCUUUCAAAUUUCUUGGUGUGGUUGUUGGAGGUAAUCCUAGAAGAAGCACAUUUCUGAAUCCGGUCAUUACGAACAUGAAUGCUAAAUUAUCUCCAUGGAUUGGCAGAUUAUUAUCCAUUGGUGGUCGUGUUACUCUUAUAAAUUCUGUUAUCACUAAUUUACCUGUCUAUUAUCUUUCUUUUUUCAAACUGCCCAUCAAGGUCAACGAGGAGAUUGUCAAACUUCAAAGAAACUUCCUAUGGCACAAUGUAGAAGAAAGGAAAGGUGUGAACUGGAUCAGCUGGAAGACAAUUUGCAAGCAUAAGGAAGACGGGGGGCUUGGUGUAAAGGACAUGUUGGCUUUCAACAAGGCUCUCCUUACUAAAUGGUUGUGGAGGUUUCUCAAGGAAGAUAAUGCAAUUUGGAGAGGUAUUCUUGAGGAAAGAUAUGGACUAUUACAUGAAAGAAUUAUAUUCAAAACUAUCAAGGCAACAAUUUCCAUGAAGUCGUUAUGGUGGCGUGAUCUGAUGCAAAUUGGGGAUGUAGAUGAUGAGUAUGGAUUCACUCAAUUACUGUCAAUCAGAAUUGGUGAUGGAUCCAAAACCUCAUUCUGGCUGUCAUAG